UGUGAAUCAUCGACGGAAAAAUAAAGAGAGAGAGAGAGAGAGAGAGAGAGAGAGAGAGAGAGAGAGAGAGAAGCGACUGUAGAGUGAUGGGACCAGGCUGAGGGAAGAGCAGCGAGUGAUCACUCUCCGAGCCGGUAAUGACAGGUAGGCAGAUGUGAAGGAUGACUUCUUGCUCAGAGAUCUGUGGGUCGGAGUAUGGUGAGCAAGCUCAUGCCAGCAGCAGGAACUGUCAGCAGUAUGGCGUCCGGUCCUACCUACACCAGUUUUAUGAGGAGUGCACAGCUUCUAUCUGGGAACGUGAUGAAGAUUUUCAGAUUCAGAGAUCGCCUAGCCGGUGGAGCUCUUUACUCUGGAAGGUCUGUCUCGUGUUCGGCACCCUGAUCUUGUUAGCAGGCCUCAUUGUUGUUUUGGUGGGUUAUGCCACUCCAACCAGGAUUGAAGCAUUUGGCGAGGAUGAUCUCCUUUUCGUUGACAGCCACGCCGUCAGUUUCAACCGUGUACUGGAUAUCUGUAAGCUAACUGGUGCUGUGCUGUUCUGUGUGGGAGGCACUUCCAUGGCUGUGGGUCUCCUGCUGUCUGCCUUUGCCAAAAGCUAUUCCAAAGAAGAACUGUAUCUGCAGCAGAAGUUUAAGGAGAGGUUGGCAGAUCUGCACGCAACAGUUGGUACCCCCAUAAUGAGAGCGCCGACCCCCGGGGAAGGAAAGGUGCCAGUCACACUUUCUAAAGUCCAGAACAUCCAGCCAAUGACCACAAAGUCAGAGACCUGACAGAAGUCCAGAUGAAGGCAUAUAGUGAAGAAGUGUGUAUGAUGGUUGAUUGGUGUGCAGAAUAUGUGUGAGCGCGGACAUGCGUAUGUCUCUCAAUCUGUGUGUGCAUUUUUUUCUUUUGAAAGGUCAAAUUACAUGACAGAUAGUAUUGGUUCCUCAUCUAUAUUUGCCUAAUAAAGCUUUUUUUAAGGUUAUCUAGGUGCAGAGUUACUAUAGCUGAGCAAAUGUCAUCAGUCAGAUGUAUCAAAUUCAUAGUAAUGAAAAAAGCACACGCAGGUCUGGAGCUCUACCCAGAAAAUAAAACCACCGAAACAAAUCAAUAGAACUAGAAGAGUAUUUGUCUGUCAAGAGGAUUCAAAUUUUGUAAAUAAGGAUGGUGUCGAGCAACAGAUGCAAUGUUGUUUGAAGUUAUUGGUGAUUGGCCCCCAUUCUCUGAAAUGAUCAAAAGCACUGAUAACAACAACCUUUAUCUCUUCCUAGUGUCUAAAAGUAGAUCAGAGGAUGAGCGUUCCUCUGUGCAGAAUACUUUGUGUGUACUGUGUGUACAUGUACGUAUAUGUAGCGUAACUUCAUUACAGCCCUCAAAGUGAGCGCUGUCAAUCAAAAACUGCACAAUAUAAAUACAUCUGCUUUAGUUCAUGAAUACUUAGGCACUGUUUACAUGUAACGCCAAGCCAAGAGAAGCCACUUCGUUAGAAGUUCACACAUCAUCAGAAAAGAUUAGAGAUAAUCACUGAAUAGCUCAGACCUCGAGGGUAGAUUUCACACUGACAUUUUCUUCUGCCUUAUUAGGCAUCUGACCUUGUCUUCUUCAGUGAAUCUUCAGACAGGAUCGAUAGAUGAGACAGGACAGAAAAAAAUUUGAAUCAAACAGGUUACUUUCUAGAUAAUGCAAAUAAAGCAUUCCACCACCACCUUUCUAUCUUUUUCCUACAAAACAUAAUUGCCCAUUCUCUUCCUUUCUUUGUCUCUAUCUCCCCCUGUGACAAAUGCAAGCGUGUAGACACACACCUGCCUAUCCAUUCAAGCAUGCACAUUUUUGAAUCAAAUCGUUGUCAGCUAGUAGUCAUGAGUUGGUAAAAUAAAGUGCAGCUGCUACGUGUUAAAAUGAAGAUGGAGUAAAUAUAUAAGCACCCUUAUUACCAAAGCUUUAUAUAUAGCUUUGGCAAUAAGGGUGCUUAUAUAUAAUGUUGUUGUUGCUAUACAUUCAUGCCAAUAAAGCUAAUUUUAGAGUGAGAGAGUAAGGGUGCUUCAAAAGAGACACGCAACGUGAGAGAUGUGUUACAUAAAGGGGGGUGAAGAGACCACAUUCAGCUCUCUCAUGAGAUAACCUCAGCUACAUCAUGUUUGACAGCGCUCAUUGUUUUCAGCCUGUCUGGAUCCUUUAGAUGCUUUAGAUAUUAUAACUGCCUUCCUGUGCUCACGAGCAAAACUUGAAACUACAUAGGCUACGUUAAAGUAAGCUGAACGGUAUACAACAUGUAAUACUGUAGAAAUCGUGAAAUGUUGCAUCAUCAAAGCUUUUCUUUUGACUGGUUGAAUAUUCACAUGCAUACAAUAUGUGUAAACAGGCUUUACAUGAAGGGUUUUUAUUUUAUUUUAUUUAUUCUUAUAAACCUAGCAUUCACACACUCUGUAACUAACUUACAAUCACAACAAGCUGAUAUUGGUCAUGUUUUGCUGCUUUUUAAAAAAAGUGUAUUAACAUUUGUUUGUUGUUGCUUUUAUUUUGAUUGUUGAUCUGUAUACAGCAAAAAUGCAGUUUAUUUUUUUUUAUUUACUGUACUUGGUUGGAACAAUGUUGGAACAAGUCGCAGGCCAAGCACCAUCAAGCUACAUGCCUCCUACUGUGCAUCAAUGCUGCAGGUCAUUCUAAACAAUUUCUCCUCUUCAAUUCCACGCAGCAACAAUACCAGAUACUUACUGUAUAAAUUUAAAUAAUUCUAAUGCUGGCUACAUAAUGUUCAUGUAAGUUGACCUUUUAAUAUUAUUCCAAAACAUGCACUUUUCUGUCUUUCUACUUUUACUUUGAAAAAAAUCUUAUGUCUUUUUAACACAUUUGGACUCAGAUACAACAUAAACACCUAGCUGUAACUAUGAGGAACAAUAUAUUAGUAAUUAAGACAUUUUCAACGAACUUACCCAAACACUAUUAAGCUGCAAACCUACUGUACAAGAAGGAAAACCACACGGUUAAAAGCUGUUAUAAACAGGCUGUUAUAAACAAACCCUCCAGAAUGAUCAGAGUGUAUGAUCAAUAAAUGUGCUGACUUGUA